AUGAAACAUCUGGAAAUAGAUUACCACUUUGUCAGAGAGAAAGUUAUCCGAGGUGAUUUGCUUGUUCAACAUGUAUCUUCUGCAGACCAGUUUGUUGACAUUCUCACUAAGGGUCUUUCUACCCAUCUGUUCCAGCAACAUUGUUCCAAUCUUAUGCUUGGCUCCUCUAAGCAUGCGAUUGAGGGGGAAUGUAAAGAUAUCAAUGGUCCUAGUGCUGCCACAUGUCAGAAGAUUAAAGAGUAA